CGUACUUCAAUUUGAAGGUCAAUCGCGAUCAAAUUUCUCUUUAAAAUUUGGCAACACUGGUGGAUUUAUUUACUUUGCUGUUAUUUACAUUUACUUUACCGCUGAUAAACGUUAGCCAUUCUUGUGCCAAAAAAAUUACACCGAAGAUUUCUCCGCAUUCGAUUCAUAAUUCCAGGUGAGUAGAAUAGGUACUCUUGAAUAAAUUUCUACGUUUUUUUACUCUCGUAUUUUUACCUAUAAUACCGGCGUGAUUUAAAAUUGUGUGUGAUUCGUUAAUUCGAGUAUAUAACUGGGUACAUUACAUACUCCGGUAGACGAUGAGUGGCUUCAUACUCUUAGGAGACUAUCUUCGUUUAAUUGUGGCAAUUGUAUUACCAAGUGUGAUAUGGACAUCGAAAAAUUGUGCAGGGUUUUCGGGUAAAACUCAACUAUUAUACGCGAUCUCCAUCACUUCCAGUUACUUAUACAGUUCCUUUACAUCAUAUCGUCCGAGGUCUGAGACCGAAAAAAAAUGCAUCUGUGUUUUGGCUACUUGGCUGACAGUUUAUUUGAUGUAUAAGAAAUUUAAAGACACGUAUAAUCGUCAUGAGGACUCAUUCAAGAUCAAAUACUUGAUACUCCCAGUUGCUAUUCUUGCUGUGAUAUUCAAUCAAGGGUUUUCUUUACAAGCUGUAAAAUUCGUGUACUCUGAGCUACUCAAGUUCAGAUUCAGUUACAUUAAUACAUUCUGGUCAUUCGGUUUAUUCCUCGAAGCAGUUGCCAUCCUGCCUCAACUGUGGAUGUUCUAUCGAGAUAAAACCAAUACCGAAAAAACCAGAAGUAUUGUAUUUUAUUACAUCUACGCAAUGUGGGCAUAUCGAGGUUUCUAUACGAUAAGUCUAACGUACGAAUCAGGGCCUCACGCCGAUGGCUUUAUAGAUUUUUCAGCUUGUUUACAAUUUGUAAUUUAUCUAGCUUUUCUUUUUGCCUACAUGUUGAGAGGAUUGCCUAGCAACGAUGAAACAGAAGUUACAGAUAAAGCAACUGCUGCACUGUACAUCUAAGUAAAAUUUAAGAAAAAAUGUCAAACUUGCAAUAUACCUACACGUAUUACUAUUACAGAAAUAAAAACGAUGCUAGUCUA